CAGCCGUGCGGUAGUGUGCGCCUCGCCGUCGCCGUCGUCGCCGCCGCCGCCGCCGCCGCCACCACGGUCGUCCAAGUCGAAUCGGAAGUCGACUUCCGUACCAGAGCACGACGACCGUCCGUAGUAAUAUAAUAAUUCUUGUGCGCGAGUGCAGUCCCAGACGGUUUAUUAUAAUAUUAUUGAUGUCACGAUAGGUUGACGAUCAUCGCACCUAUACCGUAACCGCGGUUUCGUUCACUAGUCGCAUACACACCAUGCCCGUCCGUUGGACCGCGGUUCUCCGAUAAAAUACAAUAUCUUACCGGGCCGAGUGUACCCGGCAGUGUGAUUUUUGCCGUUAAUAUUAUAUAUUAUAAUAUAUUGUUGUGUUGUACGUCGUGCAUAGCGAUAACAGUAAUAUUAUGCGUGUGAUCCGUCGUCGACCGUACGCGUCACAACGUUGAACACCGUCUGUGAUAACAGUAAAAACAACAGCGAUAAUAACAGCGACAGUAUCACUGACAGUAAUUACGAUAACGGCGGUAAUAAUACGAUGCCGGCCGUUCGCCGCCACGGUCGCGGCGUCCACCGCCGUCCGGUCCGGUACCGUCGUCCGGUGGUAGCCGUAGACGUGGCCACGGUGGUAGUGUCGUCAGCUAUCGGUGCAGGAAGAGUUAUAGUAGCAGCAACAGGAGGAGCAAGAGGAGCAGGAGGAGGAACUGUGGAUGUGCUCUGCUCUGCGACAGAGUUCGGCCCGAUCGCUGUGUGACUUGCGUGUUCACCUGCAGUGACGAUUCGACUGAUUAUACACACAUACCCACACACCCACACUAAAAUCGUCACUCGUAUCGAAGGCCGAGCGUUGAUUGCUCGGAAUCACAAAGAGACCAUCCAGAUUUGAAAACGCAAACGGGUCAUGAGUUUUGUUUGGUGGAAGGAUUUCCGGAGAAAGAGACCCCCGGCAGGCCAGCAGACGUGGAGGAAAUUUGACUAUUGGCGACUUGCUACCGUCGACAAUAUAGUCUACCAACGGGUGAUGUCCUCUGCGGUGACCACCUAAAGCCCAUCACCAUCCUCUCCCUUCACCCACGCCUUCGCCGGCCAUCGCAUUGAAAUAAUAUCGACUUUCUGUUUGGUCGGAUUGAUCCACUGUCACGGGUGCCACAAUGGAAUCGCUAGACGUGGCCGAAAACCUAUCCAGCCUGUCGGGCAUGGUGUUCAAAAUCGAGCAGAACGAGUUCGGGCUCCUGGUGGACCAGAACGGCACGGGUUACCUAAACGACACCAACGUGACGAUGGACCCGAACCGAACGUAUUAUAUUUUCGAGUCUGUUUACCCGUCAACGUACUCGAUACCGGAAAUAGUUGUCGCUUCCGUCGUGGUAAUCAUGCUCAUGAUCGUCGUCGUCGUGGGCAACAUGCUGGUUAUCAUUGCCAUCGUGACGGAGAAGGCGCUGAAAAACGUGCAGAACUGGUUCAUCGCCAGCCUGGCCGUGGCCGACUUCUUCCUGGGCAUAAUCGUCAUGCCAUUCUCGUUGGCCAACGAGCUGAUGGGCUAUUGGAUAUUCGGCGACUGGUGGUGCGACAUACACGCCGCGCUCGACGUGCUACUGUGCACCGCGUCCAUCAUGAACUUGUGUCUGAUAGCCCUGGACAGGUACUGGUCCAUCACGCAGGCCGUCGACUAUUUGAAGAAACGCACGCCAGCCCGGGCCAUGGUCAUGAUCGGUUUCGUGUGGAUAUUCAGUGGCGUCAUUUGCAUACCACCCCUGCUCGGCUGGAAGGUCAAGAGGGUGCCCGAACGAUAUCCAAAAUGCCAGCUGAGCGAGGACUUGGGCUACCGGAUAUACUCGGCGCUCGGUUCGUUCUACAUACCGUCGUGCAUCAUGGUGUUCGUGUACAUCCGGAUAUAUUUUGCGGCCAAGGCGCGGGCGCGGCGGGGCAUCCGGAAACCGCCUUCAAAGCCGAAGAAGGGGGCCGCAAAGGCUGCGAAGGCGGCGGCAGCAGCCGCGGCGGCCGCGCAGAGCCCGUCCACCGUGUCGCAGACGACCAGCUUCAUCACGCGGCCGUCGCCGGCCGGCGUGCCGCUGACCACGUUCCGGUCGCCGCCGGCCACGCCGGUCAACACCACGCUACCGGUGAUCGCCUGCGACUACGCCAGCGACGCGAGCACCAGUGACGUGAGCAAGGAUGGCGACAAGGACACGCUCAAAGUGUUCACCACGCAGGGCAGCCGCCGGCUGACGGUGAACGGCGACCUGGGUGGUGGAGGCGGCCGGUGCCGGGCGUCCAGCGUGGCCGUGGACACGGACAUGGUCAGCGAGCUGGAACCGUCGUCGUCCGACUCGGGCAACGUGCAAAAGUGCGGCGCCGUCAAGCCGGUCAAGUCGCGGCUGUGCAAGCCGAUAUUCGGCGUCGGCCGCAAGUCGGCAAAGGCGGCGUCGGCCAAGGCCAAGCGGGACAUACUGGACACGGGUAAGGUGUCCAUGGCGUGCCGCGGGGGCGGGGGUGGUGGUGACGGUCACCAUCAGUACGGCGUCUCGAACGCGUCGCACGCCGGCACACCCGUGGACCCGGUGCCGUGCCUGCCACGACCCAAGCCACGUGACCCGGAGCGCGAGAAGCGGCGCAUCGCCCGGAAGAAGGAGAAGCGCGCCACGCUCAUCCUCGGCCUAAUCAUGGGCUCGUUCAUCGCCUGUUGGCUUCCGUUCUUCUUCAUGUACAUACUGACGCCACUGUGUCCGGUGUGCUACAUACCACCGCAGGCCUUCGCCAUUGCCUUCUGGCUGGGCUACAUGAACUCGGCCAUCAAUCCGGUCAUCUACACGAUAUUCAACAAGGACUUCCGGCGCAGCUUCCGGCGCGUGCUGUUCAAAUGAUGAAAGCGCCGUGCCUCCGACCCGGACGACCGGAAGAGCUCCCCGCCACACUCGUACAACUGGUCCUCGUCCGCCCAGCCAUCCUACGACACAUCGUCCUCCAUCGACUUCUCUUCUUCUACUUGUUCUUCGUAUCCUUCAUAUUCUCGUUCUUGUUCUCUCAUCAUAAUCAACAUCAUCAUUAUUAUUAUUAUUAAUAUUAUUACCUACUAUUGUUGUUAUAACUGUUAUCGUCGUUAUUAUUAUUUUUCAUUGUAUUAUAUUAUUAUAUACAGAUGUGGUGAAAUACGGUCUGUCCACGGAAAACUUAUCUUCUCGCCCCCACCAACCCCAGGCGCGUACGGGACGUAAGCGCGCAGUUCGAAUACAAAAAGUGAAUUGUGCACCCGGCGUAAUAAAAUUAUAACUAGCCAUCAAAUAUAUGAAUAGCGAAUCAGUAAACUUUUCUCUAAUUCUACCGUGGGGUUCAUAAAACUAUAUUAUAAAAAAAAAUAUUUAUAUAUAUUUUUUUUUUAAUGCCUUUACAACUACACUCAACAUUUCAACCGCAGGCAGAUUUCACAACCAAUUCCAAAUGAACACAGUACCUACAUACUCAUAAAGGUACACAUAUAUAAUACAUGGUUAUGCGUGUAAAACGUAGACGGUAUUCAAUAUUUGGUAUUAUAAAGUAACGUGUCCAUAAUCGAAAAGUCAAAAUUGGGUUCCUGGAUUACGGCGUGGAAAUCUCUUUAUACGAAAUGUAUUGAUAUAAUAUCAACAAUAAAAACAUACACGUUCUUAACUUUUUUUUCCAUAAUAUGAACAAUAUUAAAAUUAAAUGUCUAAAAUAUGUCUCUAAAUUAAAAACAAAACAUCAUGUUAUAAUAUUAAAAUAUAUUUUGCAUUUUACUAACUAUUACAAAUUAAAAAUUCAACCAAUAAAAAAAAAACCUUUAACGUUGUAAAUUAAGAUUUUAUUAUAAAAACAUUACAUUCUAAUUAUUUUGAAUGAACAAUUAUGAAUAGAGUUUAAAUUGUAUGAUAAGCUUAUUAGAAAUUAACAAACAAGUAAUAAUAAUUUGAAUAAAAAUUAAAACAUCAUGGACUAUAGUUUUGUUAUAAGCCUAACUAAAAAGCAAUACAAUUAAUACUUUGAAAUUCAAUUUAAAUUUUUUUACUUCUGAAUCUAUUAUAUAACAUUAUUUUAAGAUCUGAUCGAAAUAUAUUUUUAAAAAUGUUUGAAAAUGUCAUAUUAUACCUAGGUAUUCAAAUUCCAUAUUAAAACUUUGAAUAUAUUAUUUAACACGGGUACAAUUUAAUAAUAGCAAUUUCAAAUUAAUACUACAAAUCAAUUUUUGCUAGUUACCCUUAUACGAUAUUCUAAUAAAUAUUAUCAAAUAACAAAAACCUAUUUUACUAUAUUAAAUAUUAUUUCCGCGUAUCCAAUAAAAUAGCAAAAUAAUAUUUCAAAAAUACAUAACAUAUUAUAAUACAAAAUAAAUAUUUUAAAAUAUUAUUGAACUAUACAUGUUAUUUUUCGUAUAAGGAAAGUUGCAAGUAUUGGAGUUUUGAAGCUAGUUUCAGUAUGAACUCAUAUUAAGAAUGUAUUUUAAUAUAGGUAUAUUAUGAAAAAUCCUGAGUGCACUUAGAUAAAUUGCACGUUUUUAUAUGCCAUAUCGGAUAUGGUUCUACUUUGGGAAAUUCUUGGAAUUCAGUGUUCUACUAACGCAUUACACAAAAAAUAAUAACAUAUACAAUCGCAGUGUACAAAAUAAACAACAAAUAUAUAAUUAAAUAAUGUUUAAAUAUAUAUUAUUGUAACAUUAACAUUUUUUUAAGGCAUAUAUUAGGUGGUACGAGUUUUAAAUAAAUUAUUUACUAGUAUUCACUGAGUACUUAUAUAUUUGGUUGAUACAUGUAAAACAUAUUAUUAUAAAUAUUUCAGUCUAUGAAAUACCAAAUCGGUAAUUUAACUUAUCCCGAUACUUUAUUCAAAAUUAUUGAGUUAUUGAAUUAUACAAAUUAACCUUAAAUACAUUUAUUUUCCCAACUAAUUACAACAUAAUAAUAUGAUACAUUUAAUUCAAAUUAAAAUUGAUUAGUUAUUUUUAGUCAAAAACUUCCUACCUACUUCAAGGUAUUUAAUCUUGCAUUUUAAAAUUUAUAUUUUAUAAUUAUAAGUCUAUUGUUUUUUAACAUUAAACAAUCCAUAUUUUUUUAUUUUAAUAUUUUAAUUUUGUAUAUAAAAACACAGACAAUCAAAAAAUAAUAUAUAUAUUUAAUUAUACAGUAUUUAUGGAGAUGUUUAAUUACAAAAAUGAAUGAUUAUUAUAAUAAAUAAUAACAAUAACGAAACCCACUUAAAAUAUAAACAAGUGAAGAACAAACAUUUUGAAUUUGAUUGUCUAGUUUCAUUAAAUUCAGAGCUAAAAUAUAUUAUAUUACAUUUAAAUACGAAAAAUUACCAAAAUGCAUUCAAAACCAUUCGGUGAACAAGUUCAAUGUUACGUUAAUUUAUUAAUUUAAAGUAAUGUUUUAUUACGAUACUCAUUAAUUUCAUGAUGACAAUUAAUUUUCUCAAAUCAAUAUGAGUAAUUUGUUGUAUUUUGCAAAAAAAUUUUCAUACUAAAUAAUCUCGAACUUAUCCUGACUGAUGUUCAUAAAUUAUAAACAAAAUUAUGAUAAAUUAUUAACAUCAUUAAAUAACAUUUUUAUUAUAGGAUUACAGUGCGGGAAAUGAUGGGUAGAAAUAUAUAAUUAUUUUACAAUUUAAAUUGCCUAUAUAAUUUAUAUAUGUACAUUAUACAUGUUAUCCGACCAGUUAUACCACAGUUGUUUAUUUGCUUAAGUUCUACAAUAUAUUAUCCUAGUGAAAUAUAAAAUGGUUAACACUUAUUCAUGUGAAACACGUCACUAUAUUUAUGUGGUGUUGGUUUAUUUGUAUAAUAAUAAUAACAACCCACAUAGAAAUCAUAUUAUAUUUCUUUAUUUCGUUUUGAAUAUUUCCCACAGUUUCUAUAUGAAAUAAUAUACCAACAAUAACGAGUAAAAACAUUAAAAAAAUAUUUUGCAUUUUUACUGGUAUUGAAAAUUAAUUUUCCGAAAACCAUGAGAUAGGUAACCAAUUUGUUUACGUUCAUCUCACACUGUAGAUCCUUAGAGACACACAAAUAAUAAAAGGCUAUUCCGGUUAUGUGAAAUAUCCGUGUUGCCGAUCACGUAUCGCAUCACAAUGUUUACAUCCAUUUAAUGUUGGUUUUUCGGUGUAACCUUUAUUUGCUUACGCAAAUGCCAAAAAUAACAGAAACAUAUUUCAUACAUCCCCGUAGAAUACAUCCUACUAAGUGAAUAAUUCAAAUUGUCUAUACUGUUUUUAAUCAUGUUAUUGUGAUUGUAUUUAUUAUAAUGAUUAUUGUUGUUAAAUAAAAUGUGUCAGAAAAUAAUAUGGGAGUCAAAAAGAGAAUCGACUGAACGAAUGAACAAACAUUAAAAUCACAAAUUUAAUUAAUAACGUAAUAUUAUAUUAUGUUAUUUGGUGUAUUUUAUAAAUUUAAUAUUAAAUAAGAAAAACUUAGAAAUAAAAGUUGUAUAAAGAUAAAUAUGGGAUGAAAAAGCACGAGUGAUUAUUUCGAGACUAGUUUAGUUAUUUUGUUUAUAAAACACUUAGUAGACACUCUAGAAUUUCCUUCGUUUAUCAAUACGGAAUAAACUUAAUUUUUGAAAAUGUUCACAAUUAUUAUAUUGUUGUUACCUAAGUGAUGUUUAAUAAUAAGAAAAUGCUUUAUUUUCUAAACAUUUUGGUCAGCAGGUAUACAUCAAAUAGGUAACAAUGUUGUCUGUUUAAUAAUUAAAUUUAAAACUCUGUAUGGACGUAAACGAUAGUAAGAUUGUUAUGUUUUUAUUAUUAUUUCUAAUUUUGUUUUCUAAAUGUAAGUAAUUAUUUAUCAAAAACGAAUUAUUUGAUUUAUAUUUCCUGAAAUAAUCACUUGAUAUUUUGCUUAUAAAUAUAGCCGUAAAAAACAAAAAUCAUAUUUCCUAUGUUUGUCAUAAAUAACGCCAAUUCCAAAAAGUAAAAAUGAAUAUAGCCAGGUACCUAAAACGUUUUACACGCAGAAUGACAGAGUACAAUAUUGUAUAGUCUCAUUACUCAACAAAGAAGAAGUGUAUGGUUUGGUGUGGAAAUAUCUACUGUGGUUUUUUUUAUUUUGUUUCCCAGUAUAAUAUUAUUACAUGCAUGUAGAUAAAGUUAAGGGCAAGUUUGAUUGCAUCCCAUUAAUUAAAAUGUUCAUAAUAAUGUUUAAUUUUAUGUAUAAAAUACGUGCUUCAAAUUUGAGAAUAAAAUAUAUAACUGUAUAUGUAAUUUUUGUGUUAUAAUAAAUUUAAAAAACGAUUCGAACUCUAUAUUAUUCCGUUCGCUUUAUUGUGGGUCCAAAAACACAAAGAGGACGUUAACGCUUGAGCCUCAAAUGAAUGUUUUUUUUUUUUUUUUAUGGAUUAAAUACUAAUAUGUUGUCCUGAUAUUAUAAAAAAAUGUUAACAAAAUAGCUACAAAAUAUUCUAAGCGUAUAAAAUUUUAGGUAGUUGAUAUUUUAUUUUUCAAUUUUACUCAAUUAACAUUAAGUCCAUUGUAUAUAAUUUAUUAAGGCUUAUGAUGUUAAGAAGAAACAAAAUAAUAUUGAAAAAUACAUUUCUAUAUUUUAUCGCUAGUAUUUUGUACGAAUUAUAUUCUAAAUUAGAUUUUUUUUAAUUUAUUAUAUCUUUACAAAUACUACUGAUGGAUAUAGUAAAAACAAAAAUACCUGCCUUAAUAGCAGUUAGUUUAAGUACUUAGUAAAAUUCUGUGUACAUAUUAUACAAACAUAUUUGAUAACUAAACAGUUUUCAAUACUUAAACGAAUAUGUUUAUUAUGAUAUUUGAUUAUAGUACUCAAGAUUAAGAAUAAUAACAUUUAUAUUUAGUUCAUUCCAAAAUUCUAAAUUACCGAAAUCAUGAUGUACACACCUACUAGUCUUUAAGUUCACGUUAUUUUGUUUUAAAAAUGACUCAAUCACAUUGAUACUGUUAAAAGUUGUAUAAUUCAUAUUUUUAGUAUAUUAUUAUUAUAUUGUCUUCCAUUUAUUCCUAUUUGAAAAAAAAAAUAUUUAUAGGAUAAUAUGUUUUUACAAAUUUUAUUUAAACGUAAGUGAAAUGUGUUUGAAUUUCCGACAAAAACAAUGCAUUUUAAUCUAGGCAAUUUAAUAAAAAUAAUUGUUAUAUUGACAAAAAUGUAUUUAUCUUAAUAUUAGAAAUAUAAAUAAAAUUUAUAUUUACAGCUAUGAUUAAUGUACAUUUAUUAUUCUCGCUAUAUAGUUUAUUAUUGUUUAUAUAGCAUUGAAAAUUAUUAUUAUUAUCAUUUAUAUUAUUGUU